AUGGAGAGGAACUUGACAUACCAACUGGGCAGAGGUGGCUCUGAGGACAUGUUGGUGGGUUACACAUUACCAACAUCUAACUCUCCUGCAGCCUAUGAAUCCAGCUUCUACUACCCAGACCUGGGCGUCAUCUGUGAUCCUGAAAAUAUUCCAGCACUUUCAUCUACCUUUUUUCCAGUGCUGUACUCCCUACUGUUUGUGGCAGGCCUUGUGGGAAAUGCUUUGGUGAUUUGGGUUCUAACAGUUUUCAAGAAAAUCAAGACUAUGACUGACGUGUAUCUGCUGAACCUUGCCAUCUCUGACCUUCUCUUUGUUUUCUCCCUCCCCUUCUUGGUUCAAUACUCCAUCAUGAGUCAAUGGACUUUUGGAAAUGCUAUGUGUAAGAUCAUCAGCUCAGCUUAUUUCAUUGGUUUCUACAGUAGCGUCUUCUUUAUAACCAUCAUGAGCAUCGACAGGUACUUGGCCAUAGUCCAGUCUGUCUAUGCUCUAAAGAUUCGGACAGCUGCCCAUGGGGUUAUCACCAGCCUGGUCCUUUGGGUAAUUGCCAUUUUGGCAUCAAUGCCAGACUUAAUUUUUUACCAGGAAGUAAAUGACAAUAACCAGAUUAAGUGCAUCCCUCACUAUCCUGGUGGCAAUGGCUGGAAGACUUUCAGUAAUUUUGAAGUCAACAUCCUGGGGUGGUUGAUCCCUGUUGGUGUCCUCAUUUUCUGCUACCACAGCAUCUUGAAAAACCUGAAGAAGUGCCAUACCCAGAACAAGUACAAAGCAAUAAAACUGGUUUUUGUUGUUGUAAUUGUGUUUUUCCUCUUCUGGACUCCCAUAAACGUUGUGCUCUUUUUGGACUCUCUGAGGAACAUGUACAUCAUUGAUGACUGCCAGACAAGCCAAAGGCUAGAUCUAACUGUGGAGCUGGCUGAGGCGCUCUCCUUCAUCCACUGCUGCCUCAACCCGGUCAUCUAUGUCUUUGUGGGUGAGAAGUUCAAGAAGCAUCUCUGUGAAGCUUUCAGAAAAUCUGCAUGUUUUCUAUUGAUCUGCAAAGACUACAGAGCUUUCAGUGGAUGCAGCCUGGACAAGCACUCCUCUCUGCACACAAGGUCCUCACAGUCGUCCUUUGUUGGUACAGUCCUGUAG